AUGCAUUUGAAAACUGGAUUAAUAUUUCUCAUCAUUUGCCUUGCUCUCCAAGUUCAGGGAAGCAGAGAAGUCCCUAACAAAAUCAACCGUGGUGAAGCCAAACAUCUUGCAGAAGCCUCAGGGUCAGACAAAACAGAAAGGACAACAAAGAGGUCCAGAGUGUCGACCAUAAGGAGGAUAUUUGACAUGGCAAAGCACCGGACAAAGAGGUCAUCCUUUCUCUCCACUGGUGUCAAAGUCUGUCCACAAGAAUCAGUGAAGCAGAUCCUUGCCAGCCACCAAGCUUACUACAGGUUAAGAGUCUGCCAGGAAGCCGUGUGGGAGGCCUUUCGUAUCUUCCUGGAUCGGAUUCCUGAUACUUCUGAAUACCAGAACUGGGUUACUGCCUGCCAGAGGGAAACCUUCUGCAUCUUCGACAUUGGCAAGAACUUCAGCAACUCCCAGGAGCACCUGGAGAUAAUCCAGAGGCGAGUAAAACAUAGAACCUUCCCAGAAAGGAAAGAUGAAAUAUCCACAGAGAAAACAAGUGGCAAAAAGCUGGAAGACAUUACUUCCAUUUCUACAGGUUCCCCUGGCACAGCCCUCUCUCCAUACGCACCACUACCUACUGGCACGCUGCUGAAUGAAAUUGUUAAUGACACGAAGACUCCUGUGAAGGAACUAGGAACAAAUACAGUCCCAGAACUGCCUGUGGAGCAAAUGGUGGAGUUCAGUGUCACUCUGACUGACCAGGAAUUCACCCCUGAGCUCAGCGACCCUGACUCCCCCCAGUACCGCCAGCUCGCCGCCAAAUUUCAGCGACAGAUGCAAAAAAUCUUUGAGAAACUUCCAGGAUUCAAAGAAAUCCAUGUUUUAGGAUUUAAACAGAAGAAGGAGAAAGAUGGCUCCAGCAGCACUGUGGCACGAUACGUGGUCAACUUUGAGAGGGAUGCCUCAGAAAGCAGAAGCCCAGCAGAUGACCUCUCAACCAUCGGAUCCAACAAGGUGGAGAAUGAAAAAAUUCCACUGUCUCCAAAGGAGGAGAGGGAGAGCUCAGCAACCAAACUCACAGUAACAGACCUUCAGCAGCUGGUUGCCAUAGCACUCCAUGAAGACCAGUCCCUGCCCAUGGAUCUUGGAACACUUCAGUUUACUGACGAAUCUAUUAUACCAUCUAGUGAUUUUGAUAAUGAUAUCCAAGCUGUAGUCACUAUUCCUCUGGCAGGCCCUGAUUUGGACUCCAUGAGUGUGGAACUCCCACUAGGCUACCCCAGUCCAGCACCAGUGGACCACACAGGAGGCAUCUUGCUCAGUGAAUCUACAACAGUGCUGAGUGCAGACAUCAGUGCCCCCGAAGACUUCAAUAACUUUGUUUCAUCCGAACCUGUGUUCCCUACCAAACCCUCCAGAAGACCAUAUCUGAGCAAAUCUCCUUCCUACACAGAAGACAAAAUUACUGAAUACCAAGGUUUCACAGUGCCUUUCAAUGUGCUGGGUAGUACUAGCAGUCCUCCAAAACCAGAGGGUUCCUACUUGCCUCCUUCAGCAGAUGACUUUGCUAGCAAUGAAUUGAUCACUGAUGGCUACGAAUCUCCAGUGGAGCAGGCAGGUACCUGGACCCCACCCAAUCUCCUGCCACCUGAAGAUGAGAUCAGUGAAGCUGAGGAAGCUGACCAAGAUGGCCUGUCUGAACAAGCAGUUAAGAUCAUGGAUGAAGAAGAAGAAUCAUCAGGUGAUGACAUUUUGGCUACAGCCAGCAUCUUUGACACGCUGCCUUUCGUCGUCGGUUCAAGCGCUCUCUCGACCGUGCCGCCCGAAGAUGUUCUCUCCUAUGUGUUGCCCUCAGACCAAACAGCACUGCUGCCUGCAGCAACCAGCCCAUCCUACAGCCGCUCUGAGAUCAUUGAACAGUCCAUUGAGCUACCAGACUCCUCGGUGCCUGCCUCUGGGAGCGCCCCUCCUGGGGCAGGAGCGGAGGACGUUGCCGUCGGUUUGAUGAGCACGGCGGCACUGGAUGAAGCGGAGCAGGGCAGUGGUUUUAUCUCAGUGCUGACAACUGAGCCUGCAGAAGCCACCCCAGCUCCUACACUGAAGUAUGUAACUACCAGCUCCAUGACAACUGCAGGCAAAGGCAAAGAACUUGUGGUUUUCUUCAGCCUGAGGGUAACCAACAUGCACUUUUCUGACGACCUCUUCAAUAGGAGCUCGGCGGAAUACAAAGCCCUGGAACAACAGUUCAUGCAGCUGCUACUUCCAUACCUCCAAUCCAACCUCACAGGUUUUAAGCACCUGGAAAUACUGAACUUCAGGAAUGGAAGUGUGAUUGUGAACAGCAAGAUGAAGUUUGCCCGGACGGUGCCGUACAACAUCACGGAGGCAGUGCACUGCGUCCUGGAGGACUUCUGUGACGCUGCAGCCCAACAGCUCAACUUGGAGAUUGACAGCUAUUCCCUGGACAUUGAGCCAGCUGACCGGGCAGACCCCUGCAAGUUCAUGGCAUGUGCCCAGUUCUCUGAGUGCAUCAUGAACGAGUGGACCAAGGAGGCUGAGUGCCUCUGCCAGCCUGGCUAUGCCAGCCAGGACGGACUGCCCUGCCGCAGCCUGUGCGAGCUGGAGCCACACCUCUGUGUCAAUGGUGGGAAAUGCCAGCUAGUUCCAGGGAGAGGAGCUGUUUGCAGGUCUCCAGACCAGGACCAGUUUACAAAGCCAGGACUGACAAGUUAG